CCCCCUCCAUCGGUGCGUGUGCGCGAGUGUCCGCAGCCGCUGCUCUCCGGACGCGCAGCAGAACCAUCGCCAAACUUUGACGCGCUCCACCGAGAGAACAAAACAAGCAGGACUGAAUUAUAAGUGAGGGGAAAUAUAAACAUAUUUUUAAAAAUCCCAGGAUUUUGGGGAAAUUCUGGCUGAUAAAGGAUACAUUAAACAAUUGUCAGAAUGGAAAACACUCCAGUAGAAAUCUUUAAAGAAGAAAAUAGGUGCCUGCCCACUCCGUUGGAGGACUGUCCGGUAAAUUCUUCUGUUUGGGGAUCGGGAGCCCCGGACAGCCGAAAUGUGACCCGCGAUAAUGAAGAAUGGGAGCAAGAGAGCAUGUCCCCCAUCAUCCCCAUCAUCACUGCGGUGUACUCCGUGGUCUUUGUGGUUGGCUUAUUGGGCAACUGCCUGGUCAUGUAUGUCAUCAUCAGGUACACAAAGAUGAAGACGGCCACCAAUAUUUACAUCUUCAACUUAGCACUCGCUGACGCCCUUGUCACCACCACCAUGCCCUUCCAGAGCACAGACUACCUACUGAACACCUGGCCCUUUGGUGAGGUGGUCUGCAAGGUCUUCAUCUCCAUCGACUACUACAACAUGUUCACCAGCAUCUUCACGCUCACCAUGAUGAGCGUGGAUCGAUACGUGGCUGUGUGUCACCCCGUGAAAGCCCUGGAUUUUCGGACUCCCAUCAAAGCCAAGAUGAUCAACGUCUGCAUCUGGAUCUUGUCCUCAGCAGCAGGGAUACCUGCUUUUGUUCUGGGAGGCACGCAGACCAACAGCGACAUCACUGAAUGUGCCUUACAGUUCCCAGAACCUUAUGGCUACUGGGACACGAUGAUGAAGAUUUGUGUGUUUGUGUUUGCCUUCGUCGUGCCUGUGCUCAUCAUCACCGUGUGCUACUCCCUCAUGGUUUUGAGGCUGAAGAGCGUCCGGAUGUUGUCCGGAUCACGGGAGAAGGACCGCAACCUGCGGCGCAUCACACGGCUGGUGGUGGUCGUGGUGGCUGUGUUUGUGGUCUGUUGGACGCCCAUUCACAUUUUCAUCCUGGUCAAAGCACUGGUGAACGUGCCUGAAACCACCGCCAUUAUGGCUGCGUACUUCUUCUGCGUGGCUCUGGGCUACACCAACAGCAGCCUCAAUCCUGUCCUCUACGCCUUUUUGGAUGAGAAUUUCAAACGCUGCUUCAAAGACUUCUGCCUCUCAGCCAAACUGAAGGGGGACAAGGUGUCAGGGAGCAAGAAGAUCCCCAACUCUGUUCGGGCAGCCGCUGUUCCCCUAGAGAACCCAGACGGGACUAGUAAACCAACAUGACUAGCAGUGGAACUGUCUUCGAUUUCUCACAUUGGAAAAGAAGACUCACAUGACCUGGGCUUAACACAUGUCACUUCAGCAAUGUAGACUGAAAGUUGGGCCACCUCAUGUUUUCAUUAUCACCUGGGCUUUAAACUGUGCCAACACUGAUGAGAAAAACUGUUCACUGUUUUCUCCUUUAAAUCAUCCAGAAAUAAUCAUAUUUUCGUCUUUCAUGGGAUUUAACUUUUCUAGUUGAUGCUUGAAAUUUGAGCAGACUAAUAGUGAUCAAAGUUAACCUUUGAUGGUAUUUUUUUUCCAGCUGAAAGCUAUAUGAAAGGCAGUGCUGCUUAUUUAAGAUGCUGACAGAUACUAGAGAUGCUAAUUUACUGUAGGUCCAUUACUUUUAAACUAAAAUGUGCACUUUAAGAAAGUCUUAAAUGUUUGGAGAUCCAGGAAAGUCACUUCACUAAAUGAUAUGAGGACUGACUUUCCACAUAUUCGAUUAUCAUGAUUAACUGUGUUAAAGUACUUAGAACAUGACAGACAAUGUAUUACUCUGACAUUUUUACUAUGUGGGAAGAUUUUUUUUUUCUUAGUGGCUGUUAACUGCCAGUAUUACAGUAACAUCCACAGCAGCCAUAAACUUCAUAACACUAUGAAUAAAUGUCUUAUCUUAUUAUAUGUAUUUACUCAAAGAAGUCAUCACAGAUAUGUGGUGGCUGUGCUACGGGGCUAGUGUUAUUUUGUUGGUAAACAGGAAAAGCGAGUGAAUAAUUCUUUUGUUUUGCUUAUUUGUUGCAAAGAUGUGAGUGUAUUGUGACUGCUUCGGCAGUGAGUGACAUCACUGAUCAGUGCCAAAAGGCGUCCACAGACAUUAAUAUCAUUAAAAAUGAUUUAUUCUGUUAAAUUAUGCAGUAAUUUUAAUUUGUUCAGGAGACAGGGAUUGCAGCUGUUUUAAUGUCAAAUGCGGUGUUAAAUGACCAAAAGAAUCGUUGUUUUUUACAGUGCUCUGUGUGACCACAAAGCAACAUGAAUUACAGCGUUGUGAGGGUUUUCUCUGCAUUUUUUUGGCAUUGACGAUUUAGAAAUUUCUAUUUUAAAGCAGCGUGAAUGCAGCCUAUUUUCUUUUAUUUCUAUUCCACUUCACCAGAAACUACACUUUUACAAACACCGGUUGUUAGGGCGAUGUCUGCUGAAAUAAUUUCCGUCUGAAUCACAACCAAUCAGCGUGAGUUAACCACAAGUCCCGCUUGGCGACUACUGGGCCAUUCCAAGUACCAGUUCAGCUACCUCACUGGUUCCUGAAAUGGCCCUUAAAAUGGUUCUUUAGUUCCAGCCCAGUGAAAUGGAGAUGUGCAUGCCGUAAAGUUCCAGUAAAAUUACCCUGACAUAGGGCUGGGGGAUAUGUAGAUAUUUUUAAAAUAUCGAUAUAAAAUCAAACAAGAAGCAAGUGACUCAGUAUUUAUAUUGAUAUAAACCUGUGUAUUUCUAUAGUUAGCAGGAGCAGCUACAGCUAUCCACUAGCUUGCUCCACUUCUAAGCAGUCAUUACAUGUAUCUUCAUGUCAAUCAGGAAACCUCUGGGUCAAUGUUCAUUGCAUUUGGCUUUGUGGUUUUUAAUUAUUUGGGGACGUUCGUUCAUGUUGUAGCGAGCUUUUUCACCAUGGCUGCUGAAGAGAUUUGAUUAUCCUGCUUGAGAUGGGUCAAAACCCUCCCCUGUGUAACCAGGAAAUGGGUACCAAGAGCUGCUGAUCUGCUGAUGAAUUCAUGUAUUCAAUGUCUCAAGACAGCUUGAAGGGAGUUCACUUGUGAAUAUAUAUAUCAAAAUUCAGCUAAAAGGUAUCGAAAAAUAAGUUUCGGUCCACAUUGCCCAACCCACCCUGAAGGUCCAAUGAAAUGGUCCUUUUGUUGAGUAUCUCAGCAAUUUUUAUGAUAAUGUUUGCACUUAUGGUUUUCCUGCUGUGAAGUCUCAAAAUUCCUGCUGCGAAAAUUGUUCAUAAAUAAUGUCUUGAGAGGAAUAAUAAACAUGUAAAUCAACCGUAUUGUAAUUUCUACGAUAUUGAAAAAAAACUCCGAAAUUUAUUGAAUCUGAAAGAUAAUUGAGCAAAUUGUGGUAGAAAACACUUCACCUGUUUUGUGUUCAUGAUCAUUUUGUUCACAUAUUUACCAAACGUGCCUUUAACUGUCCAGGAAGGUGUGUUUUUGGCAGAAAGAGUUGUGUUUAACAGAUUUGUUUACUUGCUUGUUUGUUUUCUGUUUGACGUGCCAUUGCUGGUUGUAGGAAACAACCGCUAACAGAUAUGUGCCAAAAGCUUUUUCGCCUCUGUGGAGUGUGUGAAUGGUGCUGAUUGGUCACAGUGAGAGAAAAAAGUGACUCACGGUGGACUUUGAAGUUGUGUAAGAGUCGGUAGAGGGUUAAAAAUAGACUGCAUUUAGUUCUGUCAUAGCAACUCUUGUGGAGGUAAAAGAAGUGAAAUACUGGACUUAAAUGUGCAUUUAAAAUUUGUCAGAGGGCUCUCUAUCAGUUUUGACCCUUGUAUUGUGUCCAAACUGAUAAGUUGUUUCAUUUACAUAACAACAUUCAUUCAUCACAUGUGCUGUUUAUGUUUUUUUUAUUAUUAUUAUGAUUAUGAUGCAUACUCUCAUUAUGCUGUAAACUGCUGUGCAAUCUGAUCACACGAUCACACCAAGUUGUGCAUCCACACUACUUAAUAGCACCUCUAAAGGAAGGGUUGCGUGUUUGAAAAACUUUUAUUUUGUAAAGAUGACAGAAAAGUACAUUCUUGCACAAACUUGUUUUAAAUAAACGGUACGUGUAGCAUGUUUAUCAUUGUUGCUGUGAUUUUUUAAAAUACCAUCAGAAGCUAAACAUGCUUGAUGUACUGUGCUGUUACUCUGAGUGUGCUGCAAACAUUUGUGUAAAACAUGUAAAAUUUAUCUUGUCUCACAGCUUUGAAAAGAUAUAUUUUUAUCAUCUGGCUCCUACAUAUUAGAGAUAAAAAUAGACAACAAUAAGAUAUUCUAUAACAUUAAAAAGGACAUUAUUGUAUCAAGCUAUACUGUGACUGAUGCAUUGAUUUUUACCUUUAUUUUGAUUUGUCUGUCAUUUGUGUGGAACAUGUAUUGAUCUUGUCUGUAAAGUUAUUAAUAUUGAUGCAAGUUUAAUAAAUACUCUGAAAUUGACAAA